AUGAAACAAUUGUCCUCUUUUUGCCCUUCAGACCUCUCCCGUUUACAAACCGAGAUUGAUGGACUAGGCCCUGAUGGUACACUGACAGCAGUCGCCGGAGAAAAUGCCAGCCUACGAUGCAGCGUCAGUGAUAUCAAAACGGGCGUUCCUUUGGAUGAGGGUCUAUCCUUUGGUUGGAAGGUAUCCACCGGUCCGGACAACCAAGCCGUAGAGUUGAGUCGCCUGGCUGAAAAAAUUGUGUUCGAUGGGUCUGCCCUUCAUUUAAUCCAUCUUCGAGAGAGCAAGGAGAGCCUAGGUGGAUUCAGAGGUCAGUGUCUCGUUUCGCCGACAUCGCAUCUCGUCUCUCUUGAGCAGCGCUCUCAAAGCCAGGGUCCACCCAUCCCAGUACUAGCCUCCGACGUCUUUGCUAUUCACAUUCGUCCAAGGCCCUCUCCUAAUGGGGAACCAACGGAGCCCAGGCCAGUUGAGGGACCUGAAAAGCCAAUAAUCUGGACACCUGGCGCAGUUGCGAAGGACGCAGUACAUCUGCGUAUCAUCGGCCUGAAUGAUGAGGACAAGUUCGUCGCGAAUCCCGGGGAUAACGCUUCACUCGAAUGUGUCGCAUAUGAGUCUGCUUCCAUGGAGCAAAUGAAAGUCGGCAAUGAACUGGUUCCACGUUUCGGUUGGCAGUUGCGCGAUGCUAUCACUAAGAAGGCGGUGAGCUUCGGAGAGAUCGCCGCCGGACGGGUGAGCAUCGUGCAGACAACACCCGAGGACGGCAGCAGUGACGGCGACGCAGCUAGCCGACUCAAGCUGGAACGGAUCCGUGCUGUCAGUGAAGACCGAAAACUUCAA